CUUUACGUCACGUGGACUUGAAUGGCGGGACAACGCCGCCAAUAUGUCUAAAAUCAAAACGUUAAUUUGGCCUAAAGUUAUUUUAUUCGGCGAUUCUAUUACACAGUUGUCCUUCCAAGUCAAUGGAUGGGGUUCAGGCAUCGCCGACAAACUAGCAAGGAAGUGUGAUGUAGUGAACAGAGGACUGUCCGGCUACAAUUCCAGAUGGGCCAAAGUAGUUCUUCCAAGGAUUUUGAACAGCGAGGACUCAGCAGACAACAUUGCAGCGGUUACUGUCUUCUUUGGAGCGAAUGACUCCGCCCUGGAAGAUAAAAAUCCUCAGCAGCAUGUUCCUCUGCAUGAGUACUCUGAGAACCUGAAGGAAAUGAGCAGGUUUCUUGCCACAGUGGGGGUUCCUGCAGGAAAAGUCAUCUUCAUCACCCCUCCUCCUGUCAAUGAGACAGCAUGGGAGAAAGAGUGUACCCUUAAAGGUUGUCCUCUCAAUCGUUUCAACUCGACCGCAGGACAGUACGCUCAGGCUUGUGUCCAGGCAGCUGCUCAGUGUGGUGCUGAUGUCCUGGACUUGUGGACACUCAUGCAGAAGGAUGGAGAGGACUUCACUGCUUACCUGUCAGAUGGGCUCCAUCUCUCUGAAAAAGGAAAUCAGUUUGUGAUGCGGCAUCUUUGGCAGCUGCUGGAGAGUAGAGUGGCUCAUCUCCCUUUUAUCCUUCCCUAUUGGGCAGACGUGGAUGCCGGGAGCCCAGAGAAUAGCCUGCUGCAUUGAAGAACAUUUAUUAGGAGAGCAUUAUCCUGACCUUUCCUGAUGCUGCAGUGAAGUACAAGUGGUGUCCUACCUGCACUCUGAGCCAUAUUUGAAUUUGCAGCUGGGCGAGCAGCAAGGGUCGUUAUUGAGGUGGAGCAACCCUGGGUCACACUCCUCCCCUUCUUCCACUCGGGAGUUCCCACACACCUUGCUGUUCCUCUCCUCAAAGCACAAGGGAGCCUUGUAGCGCAGCGUCUUUCCAAUCGAGAUCUUGCUGCAGUUGGAGAAACGCUGAAAGAAGACAGACAGCAUCACAUGACAGCACUUUGCUCCUUCAACUACAGUCUUGAAAAUAUUUGCUGUCAUGGCAAAGAGGAGGCCUGUUUGCUGUUUGUUAUUACAAUUUACUGGAAGGAGCUCAUUUUCACACUUUGCAUCACACCUAGCAUCACUGACUCUCUACAUCUUCUUAAGUGGUAUUGAGAGCUGAACUAAUUUCACAUCUCACGUCAUCAACGCUUUAACCAGUUUAAUUUAUGAAAUCUCUACGAGCCUUCUGGCUAACUGCAAAGUCGCCUACAUCGACAAUCUGUGCAGAUGACAGCAAAAAGGACUGGAUGAAAAUGUAACUGUGUGACCUGAUUAUAUA